AUGGCUGCUGUCGGCGGUGUGAACAUGCUCGGUCCUGCAGUGCUGCCGCCCGCCAUGUCCUUCACCAACAUCUCGGUGUCCGAGAGCCCGACGCUGGGUACCGAUACCCGGGGCUGCGAGAAUGGAGCCUUAAUGGACUCGUUUGGGAUUUUCCUGCAAGGACUGCUGGCUAUGAUGGCUUUCAGCAUACUGAUGCUGAAACGCUUCAGGGAGCCAAAGCAUGAGAGGAGACCCUGGAGGAUCUGGUUCCUGGACACCUCGAAGCAGGCCAUCGGGAUGCUGUUUAUCCACUUUGCUAAUGUCUACUUGUCAGACCUCACAGAAGAGGAUCCUUGCUCACUAUACCUCAUUAACUUCCUGUUGGACGCUUCUCUGGGCAUGCUGCUGAUCUAUGCCGGGGUGAGAGCCGUCAGUGCUAUCGUAGAGUGGAGGCAGUGGGAGUCUCUGCGUUUUGGGGAAUACGGAGAGCCGGUGCAGUGCACAGCGUGGUUGGGCCAGUGCAUCCUCUACAUCCUCAUCAUGAUGUUUGAGAAAGUCCUCAUCAUGCUGGUCCUCCUCAUCCCUCAGUGGAAGAAGCUGGCUCUCCUCAACCCCAUACAGAACCCAGACCUGGAGUUGGCCAUCGUCAUGCUCAUCGUUCCGUUCUUCGUCAACGCCCUCAUGUUCUGGGUGGUAGAUAAUUUCCUCAUGAAGAAGCACAGGACAAAAGCAAAGCUGGAGGAGAGAGAGGAGGACUCGCGGGGGAACAGCAAGGUGCGCUACAGACGAGCUCUGUCCCAUGACGACUCCGAGUCCGAGGGUUUCUCUAUUCAUUAG